AUGAAUCGAGAACUAAGACAUUGUUGUAUAGUUGGAGGGAACGCUGUUUCUGCUUUCCUCUCUUGGAGACUACAGGCUACGAAUGCCUGCGACGUUACCCUGGUCUGGAAAGCGAACUACCAGACUGUCGCGCAGUACGGCGUCUCUUUCAAAUCUCAGUUGUUUGGUAAUGAGCGGUUUAAACCUCGAUUCGUCGUCCAAACUCCUGAAGAGGCAGCUAGUCAACAAGCCGCCUUCGACUAUGUCAUUCUCUGCGUUAAAGCUCUUCCUGAUGUCUACAACCUCGCCGAUAUAAUCCAAUCCGUUGUUACCCCUCAACAUACCUGCAUUCUUGUCAAUACUACCAACACUCUCGGAGUUGAAAAUCAGCUGGAGCAACGUUUCCCCACAAAUGUUGUCCUUUCCCUUGUCUCUGGUGCCGACUUGACGCAGAUCGGCUCCAGCGAAUUUGAACAUACAGGAGCCACGGAGAUAUGGGUUGGGCCAUCCAGCCAAAAUUCCACAAUUCCAGAGUCCAUUCAGCGAGAUAUGUCGGAAGCUUUGGCUAUGACAUUGACCACCGCCCAGGUCGAUUGCAAGGUUUCUCCCAACAUCAAGCAGCAACAAUACGAGAGAAUGAUUGGACCAAUCGCUUUUCACCCAGCAAGCGUCCUGUUUGAAACUUCGAACCUCUCGGACCUGAUCAAAAUCCCCGGCGUCUAUGACCUCGUUUCAAAUGUCAUCGACGAGCUUCUCGAGAUUGCUCGCGCCCAAGGUUGCACAUUUUCAAGCAGCUCCAAGGAGACCACGAUUCAAACGAUGCUCGCUACGAGUCAAGAGUCAAGCACAAUGUAUCAAGACUUCACAGCCCGGCGUCCAAUGGAGGUCGAAACAUAUCUUGGAUCACCGGUGCAGCUAGCCAAAGCCGCCAACGUAAGAGUACCGCGAUUGGAGACCUUGUACACAAUGUUACGGCACGUAAACAAGCUCAACAAAGAACGACCAGUCGGGGCUCCUACGGCGUCCGCGGCCUCUUCGCUUCCACAAUCCCCUUCCGCUGCCCAACCACCUCCUCGAACAAUCUCUCUCUCUAGUCCGCCUCCGCCACGACAACCUAACGGCUCACUCAAUGGACCCCUGCCUCCGAGACCGAUGCGCGGGCCACCCAUGGGUCCGCCUGGCAGAAGAGGUCCGCCACCUGUUAACGGAUUUCGCGGUCCCCCGAACAGUUACCCGCCCCGUGGACCCGGGCAACUGCAACGGCGACCGUCGUAUGAUGAAACCAACUUGGACGAAUUCAGCCAUGUGGUCCUCUACGAUGAAAUGGCGGACGGCGACAGUACGCCCGGGCCCUAUCCCGAAGUUGGUGGUCCAGGUUCGGUGUCUCUGCGAGAACGAGAGCUCAUGCUGAGGGAAAGGGAAAUGCAUUUUAAACAACAGGAAAUGGCGGCAAGGAUCCGCGGCGCCCGGAGGCCGCCUCAGAAGCCUCGCCAUCAGGAUAUGGACGAUGAAGAUGAUGACGAUGAUUACUUUGAUCCCAUGGACCAACGUGGUCCUCCACCACCUCCGAUCGACCCUGACAAUUUCGACAUGAUGAGCGUGACCUCGCGACGGACGAAGCGAACAACCAGUCAGAGUCAAUUACGCAAGGACACGUUUGCCAAUGGUGCUGGUAUGCGUCCUCCAUCUUAUGGCAAACCCAACAUGGGACGGCAUCGCACCAGCGCCUCAAUUCUUUCCGACAUGCCGCUUUCUGGGCAGAGUAUACUAGACAAUCCUAUGAUGGCCUUUUCAUCGAAUCGCUACGGCGCGGUCGACCGGAAAGACAUGACAGAUGAAUCACGUGCUAAUUCCUUGACGGCAAGUCGUCUUCAAGAGAUCAGUAUGAAUGGGGGUGCGGGCAUGGGUGGAGGCCCGUACCCUGGCAUGAAUGGGGGUGCAGGCAUGGGCGGAGGACCGUACCCUGGGCCUCCUAGUCGGCGAACAAGUCGGUCACCUGGUAACCCCUUUGGGCCUCCUGGACGAAUGCAGGGCCGACCAUCACCACCCAACGGUCGACCGUCACCACCCAACGACAUGUACAUGCAGUCCGGCACGCCACGCAAUGGUAGGCCUUCGCCCCCAGGGGGUAUGCCGGCACCCGUUCCUCGAUAUCCGCCAGGUCACGGCAACAUGAUCCAUCCACAACAAGUCGAAGCCGCCGGGGUGAGCAAGCCAUUUCCACCACCCAAACUUCCUGUGAAAAGUCUGACUGGAAGUGCCAGUGCUAGUGCAGGGAGUGGUGACAGUGGGAGCGCCAAUAUCGAAUCCGAGCCGUCUGCUCACAGCAGUACCAGCAGCUUCGCACCACGACAGAUGCUGACAACGCAGUAA